UUGUUCAGCCGGCAGGAGAGACAGAAGAGGGAGGAGUCGCUUACGCGUAGCAGAGAGCGAGCUCGCGAGUAGGAUCGGCCAUAUUGUUCGAGAGCGCAGUGUUUGUUUUGUCGUCGAUCGGGAGGGACGAGAAGCCGUGCGCCGAGAUCGAGAAAAAAAACGGCGAUUUGUCAAACCGAGCUGUCAAACUCGACGCGUGACCGCGCGGUCCCGAGGAUAUCCCGGACGUCGCGUCGUAGCUCUGCGCCAGAUAUCGUCGCACCGCUCCCCUUUAUCUCCCCGUUGACGACCCUUAUACUUCCCCCCUCCUCCAUCCCCUUCCCCCCCUCUCCCUCUCCUCGGAGCCGCGGCCCGUAACGCUGGGUGUCAGUCGUACACGGCACGCCAGUGAGCUCGAGAACACCGCGCCACCAGCGUCACCAGCAGAAGAAACAGCACCAUGGCGUGCGCGACACUGAAGAGGUCCUUGGAGUUCGACCCGGUGCACAGCCACGGUAGGCCGAGCAAGCGACGGAGGUGCAUGCCGAUGUCGUGCGCGUCGCCCGGCGCAACCGCGUCGUCGCCACGGGGCGGACCCCUGGCGCAGAAGCCGUCGCCGUUUGGCGAGAUAGCGAGCAAAUUGACGCCUGAAAAAAUGGCUGCCAACAUCAGAGAAGAAAUUCGCAGAUUGCAACGGCGUAAGCAAUUAUACUUUCAUCCACAAACUAAUGGUGGCGAUUCAUCAGACAUGGAAGGCCCUUCCAGUCCUUCUGGCUCUUCUUCGACUCCCUUUAGUCAUAACUUUAGUGGAAAGGAAAAACCCCUAUUCACAUUUAAACAGGUUGGCUUGAUCUGCGAACGAAUGCUCAAGGAGCAAGAAACGCAAAUUCGCGAAGAAUAUGAUAAGAUCUUACAUUUAAAAUUGUCUGAACAGUACGACGCUUUUGUCAAAUUCUCAUUUGAUCAGAUACAAAAGAGCGUGUCCGCGGAUGUACCGAGUUAUUUAUCAUAAGAAAAGAGUCUUAUUUAUAAGGAGAUAUUUCUGUGAAGAACAUUAGAUUUCUACUGUGUGAGACAAAUUUUGCUUACGCUGAGAUUUGCAGUAUUGUCUUGCUGCAAAAAUCAUCUCUAAAAGAAUAAGAAAUGAUGUUUUUAUCAAAAGGUCGAAUGGAAAGAAAAGGCUAAAAAAAGCGAAAGAAAAAAAUAAUAAUUAAUGACGUAAGUUCAUAGAAAAAACAAAAAAAAUACAGAAUUGCGUCGAAUUACAAAUUACGAAAAUUUACUAUGUAUACUUUCGAGACUAACAUAUUUGUACUGUUCAACAUUAGAAGUGCGCUGGUAUCAGGGAACUGAUUCUACUUAUGUACAAAUGUUAUUACGGUUGAAAAUAUGAUACAUUUGCAGUGUAGCUUGAUAUCCAGCUGAAAGAGGGAGAGAGAAAGAAAGAGAGAGAGAGAACUAAGAAAUUUUUUCUCCUAGCUUGUCAUAUAAAUAUAUUUUUCUCUUAGCUCAUUUAAGAGAGGUCAUAAAACGCGGACAGAAAUUUUUGAGAUUUCAUACACGUUAUGCAGAUAGAGCAUUGUGUUAAAUGCUAAGUGAUGUAUUCCAUAUAAUUUUUUCUUUACUCAUCUUGAUGCUAUGAUAUAAUUUAGAUAUUGCUCAAGUAUAUAUGACAAACAAUGCUCUAAGUAUCUUAACGCAAACGUGUAUUAUGCAUUUCGCGAAAUUCGAGACAGGUAAUGCGCGUGAUUUAAAAAAAAAAAAUUGCCUUUCCUGAGCUCUAAUUGCUCUGCGAGAAGCGAGAUGACGUUUAGAAUUCAAUGUAUGAUUGCGUAAAUUAAAUAGUUCUAUGAAUUAUUUGUACACCGAAAUCUACACGUGAAAGAUACACUAGCGUAACUUGUUAAAUGGAUAGUAAAUUUAUUUCGAUUAGUUGUAAUAAACUCGCAUCGAGAAGAUUCGAAGUUUUUGUUUGAAAACUAGAAAAUUUGCCAUUCUGUGUAAAGAUAUGAUUAUAAAAUUAUAAAACUUAAUAUACUUUGCAGUUAUAUUUGUGUUUCACCCUUUAUUAAAAAUUGUUUAUGAAAAAAAAGGAAGACGAUCUCAUUUAAGAUAUAACGUUUACAAGAGCUGUAAAAGUGUUGGAUUAAUAUUUGUAGAUUAUAGUAGGCAUUGUACGAAGACAUUGUGAAGUAUAAGUAUUUGGAAUAAAGAUUUCAUAAAAUCUUGUCACAUACAGUAUUUCUGUUCCCUGGUAGCAACGAAUUUCUGUGUAGUUGUAAUAAAAAAAAAGUGCUGAAUAA